GAGGAGAACAGCUGACAGUGCCAGGAGAGAUAAACAAACAACAAAAUAUGACUCCAGGGUCAUAACACAUAUGGCACUUUUUCCUUUACAGUGUAUGUUUGUUUCUAGUUUCUGUGCUAGUCUCAUUAUGGCUUUGUUUCAUCUGCAGAGAGAUGGAGGAGAUGAGCAGUCAAGACCCAAACUGUGAAGACAUGCAAAGGAAGGACCAAAGACUGCCAUUCCAGAUCUUCCCUGACCCUGUUGAGGUUGUCCUGGGCCCAGAGACCACCUUGAACAGCCUGGACCACAACCAUGAGAAGGAGCGUCUACCCUCCAUCGUUGUUGAACCCACAGAGGUGAGCGAGGUGGAGAGCGGAGAGCUGCGCUGGCCUCCAGAGAACAUAGACAUGGAGGAAGAUGAGGAGGACCUGUUCUUGGAGCAGUGCAUCCCCCCAGCCAACAUCGCAGACUGGGGAGAAGAGGAAGAGGAAGAGGAGACAUCAGUUAUACUGAACCAACAGCAAGGCUUGACACUCAUUGACCUUCAGUCGGAUGCUUUUAGAGAUGAUACCCCCACGCUUCCACCAAGCAGCGCUCCACCCCUCAACUGACUUGACCUCCAAGAACCCAGCCCCUCUGAUGAACCUGUGAGGAAACGUGCCGACAUUAAGUAUGGCAACAACUAUGACAAAACAUAGCAACCGGGAGUUUUACAGUGACAGAUGAUGCAAAAUGUGAACUGAAGGCCAAUGUUGAUGAAGAGGAGAAAACACAAGUAUCAAAUUAGGUGUCGAACACUGAUAAACAGCUACACACCAACUGUGACAUUUAUAUUGGUGCGUACAAGAAGCGCCAUGUACAGAAAUAAACAAACACACAUUCUCAGUCAGCUUGCUGACGCUGGUGACAGAGUUUUAAGCAACAUGGUGUCUUUGCUGUUUUUUUAAUUGUUAGGGAAAAUUUUGCUGACAUUGUGACUUUGUGUUUCAUUUCCCUUGUUUCAUAAUUUUUAAGGGCUCAUUGAUGUUAUAGGGCUAAAAGAGAACAUCCUGCCGUGGCAACAUAUCUUUAGGUUUUUCUUUGUUCAUUUUCUUUACUUCAUCUCUGUCUCGGAUACAGAUAACAGCCUGUACCUUAAUAAACAUCUUUCUCGUAGAUCAUCAUUUUGAACCCACAGGUGGCUUUUGAGGACAUUUUCCUGGUUAUAACUUCAGUAUAUACAGUAUUUCUUAAAACACUGUAGAUUGCGUUGGCUGUUGUCUCUGGAUCGACUUGCUGUUCUGCUCUGUGCUGACUCCGUGGAGCACUGUAAGAUGUGAUCUUUUUAUAAACUUUAUAAACCCCA